AUGGCAUCAAACCAACCACCCAGCGAUCGAUCAAAUCGACCAGGGGCCUCCAACUCAAUUGGAGAUGUCAAAGAUGCAGCCGAUACUAGGAUUCAACCUUUUAUCGGCAUGCCCCAUCCGCAGACGAUAGCGGCACAACUCAACCCAAGCCAAGACGUACUGCUCAGUCACAAGAACGGGUUUCUCAUCUCAGCCACAACCAGCAAGAGAGCCCAUGACCAGUUUGAGACGCAGUGGGAAGCUCUCGGUCUUGACCGCAGCAGAAAGCACGUCAGAAUCGCCCUCGAAACCUUUAACCCAUACGGUCGCUCUGCCGAGGCGACCGCGCUGAUGGACGUCGAGCACGUGGAGCUUACCGUGGAGGAACUCGAAAGACUCGAGCAGGAGGAAGUGGCCAUGGCACGAGCGGAAGGCAACACUAUAUUCGACCAUUUCAAUCAAGGAGGAAACGUCAGUCAUGGAUAUGGUGACGGAGGCGGGCGCGGCAGUUUCAAUCAAGGAAACUCCAGCCAUGGACGUGGUGGCCGAGGAGGUCUUGGAUAUAACAACGGCGGAUAUGGUGGCCCCAGCGAAUUCGAGGAGCGGGUCGUGGACACGGAAGAUGACAGUCCCCGAUACAGGCCUCCCUUCUAUCGCAAGGUUCGCAUCGCGGACAAGGAGCGCAACGACAUCAAGACGACAACGACCCUGGCGUCCCUUCUUCGACAAGACUUGCCCAACGCCAAAUGCGCCAACUGUGGCCAUCUUCGUCACCGCCUCAUCGACUGCGUUGUCCCCGACCGUCAUGGCAACAUUGGAGGUUGUUGGCUGUGCAAUGACAAGGAUCACGACUGGUGUCAGUGUCAGCAUCCUAUGAAGGAUGGACUGACAUGGAAAGUUCUCUACGACGUCCUUGUCGGCGACCGCGGUGGAAAGCCUGGUUUCCGCUUGCCAUUCCCCAUCAUUCACAUGGUGGAUAAGAUGAAGGCCUCUGCCGACUACAACGCCCAGUACGGCUUGCAGGGUCCAUUCCCUCUCACUUGCAAAUUCGCCAACAAGAUGCUCAAGGGAAACGUCAAGGAUUCCAACAACCAGGUCAUCAAGAUCUGGGAGACGUACGACUAUGAAGGGAUCAAUGUCGACAAGAGAAAAGCUCUCAUUUCGGACCCGACAACCGAUACGUGCCCGAAGCUCAAUGCCAACCGGGACCACCACAAGAAGGAGUUCAUGCACCCUAGAGACUGGAUUCACCCGGCAGCUACUACGAGACGGACUUGGACGACAAGCGCGCCACCUAUGGCGAUUACCUUUUCGGAUUCGAGCCCACUGAAGACGAAGCGACCGACCUUCAUUCACCAGAAGUCGACCUCAGUUCUGCCAAUCAAGGCGGUAAUGUGUUUUCAGCCGCGCCAAGCACAAUCACUCCUUUAA